AUGGAAAAAGUUAAUAGGAAACGAACUGCUGGAGAAAUGGAAGGAACCCCCCACAUGAUGGUAGUGAGUGUUGGAGGAAAGGUUUUGUCUCCCGGCAUGCAAGUGUUUUCAGUGCCGGCAACACAGUGCCAGCAAUUACCUGUUAUUACUGCAGUACCAAACAUCGAUUCUUCUUCAAAUGUGGCCGUUGAGCUAGAGAACGCAACUUCUGACAUACAAGCAAGUGAUGCCGAUGUCCCUCUUAUUGAAGCCCGGUUUGAGGCAAAAGACGAUCACAGUUAUGGAAAUGAGAUGCAUGCACCUGCAUCUUUAGAUCAUGUAAUGUGGAGUGAUGAUGCUGUAUUUUACUUGUGUGAGAGAGUGAGACACCACCACAAUGAACUUGCAAAAAGUGAAGGAAAUAAAUUUACAAUGAGAAAUAUCCUAGAAGCUGUAUAUAAGGAUAUGAGAGAAAGAAAUUAUAGCUUUACAAGUGCACAGGUUGAGACUAAGUGGUACACUCUUAACACAGUUUACAUGAGAAAUCUGAAGAAGAUGAUGAGCAAGGAAACAGUAAGAUGGAAGUUUUUUGAUGUUAUGAAUGAUCUCAUUCAUAUUACAUCUAAGUCAAAAUCUCAACAGAGUGCCAGGUCUUCCCUUAAACAGUCAAUAUCUUGUGAAGAGUCACUACCUACCACACAUGGAAAAGAUGUAGAAAUUCAAAGAAUUGCCCUUGAAGAUGAAAAGGACCUCAAAAUUGAUAAACUGAUCGCAGCCCGAGAACAGUGUCUAUCGAGAGUGGAUGGUCAGUUUACUCAAGCACAUGAACUUGAGAAAGCAAGGUUUGAGAAUGAAAAGGUUGUAAGGGCUGAAGUGUCUCAACUCAGUAAGGAUGUUUCCGUGUUAAAGAAGAUAUGUGUCGAGCAGUUGAAGGUACAGAAGAAUACGGAAAAGCUAGUUGAAAGGAUAGCUAUAGCCCUGGAAAGUUUUAUUGAGAAGAGUUCAAAAUCAGAAUAAUGGAUAGUACUGGGAUCAUAAUUUGAUUUAUAUUUUUGUAUGUAGGUUUUUUUUUUUUUUUUUUUUUUGCAUUAUUAUUGCUACUAUUUUUUUAUUGAAAAGUAAAAGGCAAUUAUGAAGUUGAUUACCAUUUUCUUCCUUUGGCUGCUUGAUUUACAGGGUUGUCAUUGCUGAUUAUCUAUCUCCAUUUGACCCUGUUCUCUGCAUCUUUGUCCAACCAACUGUCAACCCUAACCAUAUCCACAAACAUCUCUUUGCCUUCCUAUCUCCUGCUUGGUGUUAUCACCUCACUAUUUUUCUUCCACUAUAUCCUGCAUCUCACUUCAUCCUUGCCUCUCACUCUGUCUUUGGAAAAAUCUAUCUGCACUCUUAUAUAUUAAUUUCUAAUGUACCUAAAAUCAUAUCCUCACCUGUGCUACAACUAACUCUACCAUCUGUCAUCAGUGCCUCCAAGUUGCACAGCAGAUGGUCCCACUACAAUUUGGUAAACUUUCCCCUUCCUUUUGCAGAUACAGUGCUAUUCUAAUAUAAAUUAUUCUUGCCACUCUAUCCCACCUGCUUUCACUCUCCUUUUCUCUUCAUGCAGACCACCAUCUGGUGCUAUCUAACUAUGCUCUCUCUGCUAUCAUUUUACAUUUUUCUGUGUCCUUCAGGUUGUACCAGCUGCAUAGGAUAUAGUCUAUCAUCAUACAUCUUCCUCCUCUUUUAUAAAUGUUAUGCUGUGGUCCUCCUUGUUGAAUUGCUUUUUCAUUUCCAAAUGAGAGUAAAAAAACGACAACUGUAACUUUCUGUGGAUUAAUUAAAUUGUGUAAUUUCUAGCUUUCCUAGGGUUGUCAUGUAUUACAGAUCUUUAUGCAAAUAUGGAUCAGGUAUGCCUUGAAAAUUGUUUUAAUUAAUAACUGAAUACAUUUUUACAAUCACCUUUUCCUUACCCUUCUUCUGUACCACCUCCUCCUCCUCUCAUGUGUUUAAUAUAGUUCUUUGCAUUUCAUUAUGAGAAUAAAAACUAUGUGGAAUUCAGGGGGAAUGUGUGAUGGAAACUGCUACAUUCCCUUCUAAGAUAACAGAGGCUAUUUUAUUCUGUGUAUUAUGAUUUCUGAAUUUUCAAGGAUAUUAUCUUAAUAUCAUCAUUGCAAGGUUUCACUUUACCUUGGUAAAAUGUCAGAUGAAGAGCUUUAAAAGCAUGAUUUAAAAUUGCCAUUGUUUGCUCAUACAACUUUCACAUUUCCACAUUAAUUGGUCAAAUUAAGACACAAUGUGAUUAUAGUGUUGCAGAUAUUUAAUCAGAGUUUGAAAUGCUGUCUGAUUAUUUUUUUCCUUUUUUAAUUCAUGUUAGUCUGCACCAGAAUAUAAUUAUUUAAAUUAAUCAGGUAAUGUAAGGAUAAUAUUACAAACAAAGGUUCUUCUAUGGUGAUGAAUACAAAGCUGAAGUUUCAUUUACUACAUUUUAUUAUGUACAAAUCAUACAUAUUUUCUAAAUAUUGAUAAGUUAAAACACAUUGCCACACUGCCACACAAACAAUACAAAGCACAUAAAAUAAUAAUAAUAAAAAAAAAUCAUUCACUGUAAAAAUAAUGCCACAACUCUGAAUACGUCAUAAAGAAAGAAAGAUAGAAAGGAAGAUAUAUUUGUGCUGAUAUUUAAACUUUUUUGACAUAUACUAUUUUCAAAAUUAAUAAAAUACCAAACUUUCUGCAUCAGUGCAUUC